AUCCCUGUGUUCAUUCGCUCCAUUUUCGUUCAUCACCGAGAUCAAAACACAUCACAAAUAUUUUCAUCUUCUCAGGACGUGUCUACAAAUUGCUAAAUUGCUAAAAUUCAGUUCUCAUUGCCUGUGGAAAUUUAGCUAAUACUUCGGUCAAUUUAUCAUGGAUAAAGAGGCAGAAGCGGCUGUGGAAAAAGAGGCACAAGCUGUAAUGGUAAAAGAGGCACAAGCUGUAAUGGUAAAAGAGGCACAAGUGGCAAUGGAAAAAGAGGCAGAAGAGAUAAGGCAAAAAGUGAUGGAAGCGACAAUGGAAAAAGAGGCAAAAGAGGCAAAUCUGAGUGUAGAAAAAUAUAAAGAAUUUAUGGGGUAUCUAUUGGAGAUAAGACGAAGUAGCGAAAUAGUGGAAGUUGAAAAAGUGUAUUUUGAAUUGGAAGACAACGACGAGCUCUUGAUACGUCUUCGAUACGAAUAUGCAAGGCGCUUAAUCGGAAGUCUUUACUACAUGGACGUGAGAAAGGGGAUCAUUAUGAUGGAAGGUAUAAGCCGAGAUGAUCCACAAAGGACUUUGGAUUGCUUUUUCUACAUAUCUCUCGGACAUGCACGCCUCGAGCUCUAUUGUGGUGCUUUAAAGUUUCUGGGUGCCGUAAAUGAGCUCCUACCCAAAGAGCAUCGACUCGUUGAGUGGCAAAAAUUUUUGGAAUACAAGCGCAAAGAGGUAGAAGCAAGAACAAAACCCAAAUUUGCGAUCAGUAAAGGUACUGGUACAUUGUUAGCUGUCGGUGGUCUGGUCGGUCUUGGUAUCGUAAUUUGGAAGCUGCGGCAAUAGUUUUGCAAUUUAUUUGAUUUUGUGAUCGAACUUUUACACCGAAACAAAACCAACAUUCACAUGGAAAGAUCUCAGCGAUAAAUUUAAUUUAUUUGUAAAUAGGAUUGUAGGUGCUAGAGGAGAUGUAAGAAACUAUUUUAAAUUGGAAAUAAAAUUCAAUUUUUUGUUCCUGAG